UACGAAGCCAUUUCUCCAGCCCAGUAUGCUGGCAAGCUUCAGGGAAAAGUGGUCAUUGUCACUGGCUCAUCAGUCGGCCUCGGUCGGUCGAUCUCAAAGGCCUUUGCUGCCGCUGGCGCAUCUGUCGCUGCUGUCGCCCGGCGCGAGCAAGAUCUCCUUACAUUAGUUAAUGAGAUCAAAUCGGCCAACGGCAAAGCGAUUUCGAUUGUAGCGGAUGUUACUGCCAAAGGUGCUGCCCAAAAGAUUGUGGCAGAUGUUGAGAGAGAGCUAGGACCCGUCGACAUUCUGGUCAAUAAUGCAGGCAUUUCUCGCAUCAGUCCCCUAUCUGUCGAGGAGGAAGACAUGGACAUCUGGUGGCGUGUGUACGAAGUCAAUGUACGUGCGCCAGUAGCAUUGAUCCGAGCAGUACUACCCUCUAUGCUCAAGAGAAAUACCGGUGUCCUCCUCACUACCAGUUCCGCCGUGGCCACUAUGUCACUUCCCGUCAUGACCGCCUACUCAUCAUCCAAGGCCGCCAUCAGCAAAUUCCACGAAAGCUUGAGCGUAGAGCUCGAAGGCACCGACAUCUUAUCUUUCGCUGUUCAUCCAGGCAUGGUGAAAACAGAGCUG